UUAUACUUCAAUUGUCAAUCAUUCUGUCUCUCGGGCACUUCUGACAUCUGCAGUGAUUCCAUCAGUUCCAACCAUAGUGAAGCUCUGCUUGUACCGUGUCUCGUUAAGCUCUCGUCACCAUCACAGAACUGGCGGAGUCAGUCUCAGAGUCGUGCAAAUUUUGCCCGCCAUCAAAAUUACACUAGUUGCUCCUUCCUGCUGUAACACAAAUUCCAAGAGUGCUUCGGCCUGAAACAUUUGGUAUUGUGGAUGGUUUGGUCAGUAGUAAGCCCUGCCAUCGGUGUCCACAUUCGAUGUUCGUGUCUUUCGCUCUAUGGGAUGGUUAUGCCGGUCAGAACAAGCCGAAAGCAUCCGCUGAAUGCGGUCAGAGCACAAGGGGAAGGGUCGGUUCACUUCUCGGAAGCUAAAGUUAAUGCUACGACAGUCGACUCGUUAUCGAGUUCCGGAGGAAGUGACAAAGAAACAACUGACAGCGACGUCGUUUUGGGCGAGGCCUGUUCUUAAAUUAGACGGUACGCAAAAAUGAAUCGGAAUCACAGAGGUAUCUGCCAGUCUACGGCCUUGUGCUUACCGCUUGUUGGAUUUUUCUGAUCAGUGCCUUUCGCACAUAAUAGCUGAGGGGAGCUAUUUUCAAUCGACUAGUGACUACACGAGGUGCUGAUUUCUGAAUCUCCGAUAAUAUUUUAGCUGUAUUGAUGUCUUUGAUGCUCUGUUUUUUCUCAGCUCCUUAUCGUUUUUGUGAGCUGCUGGAGUCCUGUAUCCUGAAAUCCAGCUGGGAGACUCGUAAUAUGAGCUGGAGCUGUCAUCCUGAUGUAUAUUAUAGAUCUAUCCAGCUGCAAUGCGAGAGAGAAUGCUGAGGAUUGUGAGAAAAAACUUACAGAUAUCGUAAGCCGUGGACAUAAGCGUAGACUACCUUCUCAGCUGUUGAUGGAGAAGCGAUCGAUUUCACAGAAUUCCGUCUUUUUCAUGACGUGUGACUUCUAUUUGACACUGGGUUCUGUAGACGUAGAUCUCCUAAUAACAUUCUUCAUACUUUACCAGGUUGCGUAAAGAAAUGCUGAGCAAACAGUCGACGCCUCAGGACUUGAUACUCAGAAGUCUUCAAUGAGGAGAAUUCACACUCUGCUACUUACUUUGCAAUGGCCUCAAGUUCAGUCGAGAAACCAGACCCAGCCACCUAGUUUAAGAACGAUCUGUGGGGGUACGACGUGCGCUCUUCUUCCGACGACUGCAUCAUUCUCCUUAACAAAUACUAUAUUGAAGUUUCCGCUAUGGUCGUGACAAGCAGGUCAUAUUACAGGCAGCAGAUGCAGACAAUUGUUGUGCAUUGGCUUGUGGUCUAGCUGCAGCUUAUCUAUGGGCUCCUCAAAAGUCCACAACUUUACCUCCUAGAGCUCUUAUUUGCCUCACAGCAGCCAACUGUAACUUCAGCUCAACCUCACAGAGGACAAUGAUUCACGCCUUUCAAGAGGAGAAAAACAAAAUAGGUUAAAGCAUGCAAAUACGAGGAGCUUGUCGUCCGGGCUUUGGUUGCGUGGAUAGAACAUGGCUCCGAGGAUGCACUUGCGCGACACUUUGAGGCAAUGUCCUAUCUGAACCUACUUUCUAGUGCGUUUCUCAAUUCUUGGAUGAGUUCUUUUUUAUACUCUAUAUAAAAAAGAAGCGGUUACUCUAUCUCCCUUCCUGUCACUACUUGUACUUAACUCACUGAUAGCAGGCCCCACUUCUGAUUUCAAAGGAACAGUACUUGAUCUAGCCGGGUUACCUUCAACAGAGCUGAUGCAAUUCGUUGUCGAAUCAAAAGAAGUUCUCUCGAUCUGGGCAGAGUUAUCUUCCGUACCAAGAAUCCCAUUUCGAGCAGCCUUGAAGGAUGUGGGAAGAGCUUCCAAGAAGCUCCAAGGUCCUUGUCCCGCAUCUUUUUGGUUGAGUGAAGAAACCUGGAUCUUGGUAGGCGUCCGAUCAACCUUCAGGUUUGCUUCACUUUUGUUUCCCUGAGAGAGAGAGAGUAUCUUCUCCCUGAUAUACAACAUACAAAAUAUACUACUUGAAGCCAGAAUACCGCCACCCAAUGCUUCCCGAUUUUUGCUGAUCCAGGAAGUGACUUCAUUUGCUCCUUUAGCGAUCCUCAUGCUAGACGUCUGCAUAUUUUGCCAGAUGUCUGCCGCGUUCGACGGCAUGCUAAUUUCUUCACUGGUGGUUGGUUCAAGCACUUUCUGUCCAUCCAGCCUUCUUUUCCACUCCUCCCAUAAGAUCCCUGUCAUAUCCUGGUCAUGUCCUGGAAACUCUCCCAACUUACUCCAAACGACAAUCUGGUGCUUCAUCCACAAGCAAAAGGGAUCCAGGCGCUGAAAUCGAAAGGCGUUUCAAUGGCUAUUGCAUCACAAUCACCCACUGCCGAUAUUGCACGGACAUUUCUUUCAAAACAGGAUAUACUUUCUAAUUUUCCUGUCAUGGAAAUUUACAGCAGCUGGAGUCACAAAACGGACCGUUUUCAAAAGUUUCAUCAAAAGACAGACGUACCUUAUAAUUCCAUCCUCUUGCUUGAAGAUUAACAACAUGCAAGCUGAACGGUUCCCUGUAAAUUCAUGCUAUGAUGAUAUGUUUGUGCAAUCGUUGGAUCAGAUGUUAUUCCAUAUGUUAUUCUUCUUGCGGAAACAAGUUGUCUAUCUCUAGAGGCUGAGGCUCUAUACUUGACUAUCACUUACAUCAGAAAGGUGAGAUAUCUUGAUGCUUCUCGCCUUCUUCUUCAAGCUUUGCUUGCCACAUGUUCCAAGGAUGGUUAGCGUAUAUGGUAACUUGUUCUUUGAGGUGGAUUGUGGCAGAAAGCGAUUGGGACAUGCAACCUAUAGCACUCUUCGAAAGUUUAAAGUAGUAAUUUCUGAAUAUUAUUUGAAGCAAGUGAGGCAUCAAAUUACACUUAGGAAUAGAACUCGAUCUCGUAAGUUUAGAAUUGAGGAAAGACGUUGGUUUAAUAUUGAUAAGAGUGAAUUUAUUUAUAAUUUAUGUGACGGUG